AUGUACUUCCUCACGACGUUGGCUGCUUAUGCCGCCCCAGCGUUCCUGAUAUUGUCACCUAUUUUGUCAUAUUCCGAUCAGGCGAUCUCUAUGCAUAGGAAUAGAUCAAGUGCGGGCUUCUCACUGGAUAUUCCUUUGAUCAUGCUUGUCGCAUCAAUAUUCAGGGUCUUCUACUAUCCGGGUGCGAGAUUCGAUGUAGCGUUGCUGAUCCAGUCGUUCUGCAACAUCUUCAUCCAAGUUAUACUGCUAAAGAUUGCUCUCGAUCACCGUCCGCCGCCAUCGUCAAAAGGAGGUGACGCCGCCCUUCCUUUUGCAGGCGCACAGGAUGGAUUCGGGGGAUUUCAGCGACCUUACAAUUUUUGGCAAUGGCGGUCACCAAAACCCUAUUGGCAAUUUCUACUGUCGUUGUUUAUCAGCUUGACUGUACUCGAGCUGUUAUUAGCACCAUUCAAUUCGAUAUAUUCUGGAUAUUCGGAUUUAAUAGGGUAUAUUGGCUUGUCAGUUGAGGCGACGCUGCCAAUCCCGCAGCUCGUUGCCAACGCACGUUCGCGAUCUUGCAAAGGCUUUCGGGUUUCGGUAUUAGCAAGUUGGUUGGUUGGAGAUGCUAUGAAGAUGUUUUGGUUCUUUACGUCUACUACUUCAAUUCCAGUGGCAUUUAAGCUCUGUGGAAUCUUCCAGGCUGUCUGCGACUCCCUCAUCGGCGUACAGUACUUGAUGUAUGGUGACCAGCAACCUACGAUAAAACCGCAGCAGGGGUGGACAUAUUCCGGUGUAAAGCCGCAUCUACAUGUAACUGGGAGAGAAACACCAACAGGGAGGAGGACACCCCUUGGGGAGAAGACUAUAUGA